AUUCGGUUUCAGCUUUGAUGGACCAAAUUAGUUCCAGUGCUUUCAAGUGACCUUGUCAUUAAACACUAUACGAACAUUAUGAGCGUUCCAAGAAAAUUACGCAUUCUCUGCCUUCACGGCAUGGUUCAAAAUGCGACCGUUUUCCGAAAAAAGACGGCAGUCAUUCGCAAGAAGCUGGAUGCCAUUGCCGAGUUAGUUUAUGUCACUGCUCCUCACUUAAUUGUCGAUCCUCGAUAUACCUCGGAAGCCAUGCGUGAGGCGGCAGCUGACGCCAAUGCACCUGAAGAGUCGAAACCUUUUGGCUGGUGGCAGCCUACAUCCGAUAAUGUAUUGACCCCCGAUGGCUACUAUCAGGGAUUUAAAGAAUCACUCCAGCAUGUCAAAAACAUAUUGAUCAAAGAUGGCCCAUUUGAUGCUAUAUUUGGUUUCUCGCAAGGUGCCUGUUUGGCUGCUAUAGUGACCGAGCUAUUAGAGAACAAGGCGGUGAUGCCGGAGCUCAUGUCUCCUGACUUUGCGCACCCGCCUUUCCGAUUUGCCAUUAUCUGUGCAGGAUUCAAGCCUUUGACGCAAGAGGCCACCCAGAAAGUAUUUUCUGAGAAGAUCAAGACACCCAGUUUGCAUAUGCUCGGCGAACAAGAUACUCUGAUCACACCUGAACGGGCGAUUCUUCUGGCCGAAGCUUUUGAGAACCCGGCCAUUCUGAAGCAUGCAGGAGGCCACGUUGUGCCCAGCAAUGCUCCAAGCCGCAAUGAGCUGGUCGCCUUUGUAUCCAAAUUUACUCCCACUUCAUCCAAUUAAAGCAUAUAGAACUCGGACGAAGAAAGAAAAACAUAGACAAUGAAUACACGUCAAAAAUUCAUAGAAAAAUUGAUCAACGUUGAAUAGAACUUUCUUGCUCAUUUCCUGCAUGCGCACGGCUUUGCAUACAUUUGGAUCCUUGGGAAUUUACCACACACACAUUGAUGCCUGAACCAUCGGUUGGCCAAAUCCGCAACUGAUGGUGCCGAGGUACGGAGUUUGAAAAGAUCAAAGAUACGGCGGAGGUGUUCAAAUAAACAGUCCGCCAGUGACUUGGCAAAUUGGACGAGAAAAUUUUUUUUCGCACCGGUUUAGAUAUAAAAGCCCCACCAUGCGCUUGUUCACAGUACUUGCUCGCUU